GGGAAUCUUGUUCACUUUCUUGGCACUAUCUUUCCUGUUCACAAUUUUUGCUUAGUGUGGAUUCUUGCUUUCUUAGUGCAUCUUUAUUGGAAAAACAAUGUCUUGGGAAUUAUUUUUAAGCAUUCUACUGUUAGCUGCAGUUGCUAAAGCUAAUGAAAAUGGAAAUUCAGAGCUGGAUAACGAGAGACAAGCUGAAGAGGAGGUGGUAGCUUUUGAGAGCUUUGGAGCCCCGGUAUAUGGACCUAAUGAACCUACUAAAUCUGGUGGAAUACCUCCAAAAGGAGUUCCUGCCUACGGACUGCCAGAACAGCCACUCUUUUCACCAAUAAAUGCUAACUAUGCGGCUUACCUAAGUGGAAUCGGUCUUGCAAAUCCUUUCGGUUAUGCUUUUGGUCGAUAUGGAGCCAGCCCGUACAAUGCUUAUGGCUACGGUGGUUCUGCAGCGUACGCAGGCUUAGGCUAUGGAGCUCCAUAUGCUGGUAAUUGGGGAUACGGUAAUUCUUUGUACAACAAAGCACCCGCUAUGUACUCCGGACUUGGAUACGGUCUUCCUGCAUACGGUGGGUACCGUUAUGGAGGUCUUGGGUAUCCUGCACCAGCAAAUUUGAGAAAUCCAGGUGCUCUACCAGGACCAGUACCAGCAGCAGGACCAUAUGCUUUACCAGGAUCUGUGCCACCACUAGCCUUACCAGGAGCAGUACCAGGAGCACUCACUGGCGUUCCAGCUCCAUACCCAGCGGUUGCUCCAUUUGCUGCUGCACCAGUACCCCUGACGGGACCCUAUCCCUACAAAACUCCAGCAACCACACAAGCUAAAGAUGGUACACUGAAAUAUGUUUCCCCACGAAUGCCCCUUUAUUAAGCAUAAUGAGGACAGCUUUAAAAAAAGGUGCAGAAGAAAUCAUGUUUUGUCCUGUAAAGUUAAGGACGAACUAGAAAGAGAAACUGCAUGAAAAUUAAAGUAUUUGUAUCUUUGAAUAGCUUUGCUUAAAUACCGAGGUAUUUUAAGGCAAAUGUUGGUUAGAGUAUCAAAGAUAUUAUGUGAUUGGAGAAUAUGUUACGCUUCUGAAGCAAAUUUGAAAUUUUGCGCUCAUAUUUUGGUUUUUAUACUUUCUGAUUUUGAAGAAUCCUUUUUAUAAUAAAAUGCAAAAAAUAAAAGCUUUUUUGCUGACA